UUCUUAACUUUCUUUUAUAAUCUCGAAGUUAUGCUUCUAAAGUUUAGGUGUUUUUUUACGCGAUAAGAAAAAAAUCUUCUUUGGUAGAUUCUAGACCUUAAUGAAAGAUGCAGCACUUUUUUUACCAAGUUGGAGGUCACGGACAAAAAAAUUCGGGAAAUUUUGGUAUGCUUGUAGACGGCAAUAAAAUUUUAAAGCCUUUACAACCUAGUGGAAGAGGUCAAAGGGAACUAGAUUUUUACGUUGAAGUUUAUGACAAGAAUAACAAAAAUGAAGAUCUUUUUUUGCUUCGUUCUUUUCUUAGUCAUUUUUACGGAGAAAGAAAAGUUGAGGUAGACGGAAAAAUAAUGAGCUAUAUAGUUUUGGAAAAUGCAGCAGCAGGUUUUCAGAAGCCUUGUAUCGUAGACUUGAAAAUGGGAAGACAGACUUACGAACCCGACGCUCCUUUGGAAAAAAAAAAUAAGGAGGAAACGAAGUAUCCAAUUCAAAGUGAAUCAGGCUUUCGUUUUGUUGGAAUGAAGAUCUUUAAUCCGAAAACGGAAACUUACGACUCUUACGAGCGCACUUUUGGAUAUCUAUUGACUAUUGAAAAAUUUUUUGACGCCUUUAAACUUUUUUUUUCCAGCGGAUUAUUUGAAAGUGGCUCUCUCCAAGCAAAAGUGAAACUCAUGGAGACUCUGAUAGAGAAACUUCGAAGCGUUCAAGCUUUUUUUAAACGGCAGCACCUGUAUCGCUUCUAUUCGAGUUCAAUAUUAAUCAUUUAUGAAGGCGAUGCUUGCUCUGAAUCAGCUGAAAAAGUGGAAGUUCGCUUAAUCGACUUUUCUCAUGUUUGUGCUAUACAAGAGAAAGACGGAAUUGAUGAGGGUUACUUGUAUGGUCUCAAUAAGUUGCUAUCUAUUCUUUUCAACGUUGUACUGGACAUAAAGGGCUCCUAAAUAAGUCAAACUUAUUAUUUUAUAGAUUUAUAAAGGCUAGUGUAUCUUAUGUAUAUGUACUGUGUGUAAUUUUUUUGUUAAACAACUUCAGGGCCACGGCUACAGUUUUUGCCUGGUAGGCCAUAUUUUGACUGAACCAAAAGUACUAAUUGAAGGGAUAUGAGCAUUAACAGUUUUAACACUGCUGCUCUCUUCUUAAUCUUUGACAAUUACGUGUUUGCUCUCUCCCUCUCCCCCUCCUUCCCCCUAAGUACGAUUGUCUGGUCUUUUCCGAGUUUUAUUCCUUCCCCAUUUCACUGAAAGCAAGCAAUUUUUAACUCAUGCUAAUGACACACUUUUCUACGUGUAGUUCUUGCGGUUACCUUGCAUUUAGGAAGCGCAUGGAACAAAAAGCUGUGAAGAUAUAUAACGUAAGGUUUAUAGAGAUGUAUAUUAGAUUUUAAGGUAUAUUUAUAUUAGGAGCACAAGAUAAGGUCCUUUUACCAAAUUUACUUAUCUAAGGAGACUGCAUCUCAGACCUGCCAUUUUCUAAACAUGCAGAGUCAUAUAA